GCUGGUGAGGGAAGGAGAUCGCCGACCGACCGCUGACAGCCAUCCGCCUCCAUCCGCCUCCAUCCGUGCCCUCCGCCGAGCCGCGCCGCCGCCAUGACCGAGCAGAUGACCCUCCGGGGCACCCUCAAGGGCCACAAGGGUUGGGUGACCCAGAUCGCCACCACGCCGCAGUUUCCCGACAUGAUCUUGUCGGCGUCGCGAGACAAAUCCAUUAUCAUGUGGAAACUGACGAGGGAUGAGACAAACUAUGGUGUCGCCCAGCGUUCGCUGCAUGGUCACUCUCAUUUUGUCAGUGAUGUGGUCAUCUCUUCUGAUGGGCAGUUUGCCCUGUCUGGGUCAUGGGAUGCCACCUUGAGGUUGUGGGAUCUGUCACUGGGUACCAGCACCCGUCGUUUUUAUGGCCACGGCAAAGAUGUUCUGAGUGUUGCCUUCUCUGCAGAUAAUCGUCAGAUUGUUUCAGGCUCACGUGACAGGACCAUCAAGCUAUGGAACACUCUUGGGGUGUGCAAAUAUACCAUUCAGGAAGAGGGCCACUCUGAGUGGGUAUCUUGUGUUCGCUUUUCACCAAACAACAGCAACCCAAUCAUUGUUUCCUGUGGCUGGGACAAGAUGGUGAAGGUUUGGAAUCUUACAAACUGCAAGCUGAAGACCAAUCACAUUGGGCACGUUGGUUACCUCAAUGCUGUGACUGUCUCCCCUGAUGGAUCUCUCUGCGCCUCAGGUGGGAAGGAUGGUCAGGCUAUGCUGUGGGACCUGAAUGAAGGAAAGCACUUGUACACUCUUGAUGGUGGGGAUGUCAUCAAUUCUCUGUGCUUCAGCCCCAACAGAUACUGGCUGUGUGCUGCAACAGGUCCCAGCAUCAAGAUCUGGGAUUUAGAGGGAAAGAUCAUAGUUGAUGAACUGCGUCAGGAAGUCAUCAGUACUAGCGGCAAGGCACAGCCACCUCAUUGCACGGCGCUAGCUUGGUCUGCUGAUGGUCAGACUCUGUUUGCAGGAUACACUGAUAAUCUGAUUCGUAUCUGGCAAGUGACUAUCGGAACCAAAUCCUGCGGAUAAAGUGAAAAAUGUUAUACUAGAGAACUGUUGGAAAUCUCACAAUUUGGGACUUCCUGAAAGCAAACAAAUAAACUUACAAAUAAAAGAUUGGUUAGAUU